AUGCUGGAUAAUUCUCUUUAUGUAAAUUUGCAAACAACAUUGAUCUUGGCAACUCUUGCAUCACAUUCGCAACCGCUUCUAGCGCAUUAUUUUUUCGACCAACGUAUGCUUUUGCAGCCGGACGUGAAAGACCUCUUCAAGGUGUUGGAAAUGCUGAAAGUUCGGAUCGAUACGUAUGCCUCUUCACUUGAUGGUUUCGAAGUUUCGUUAGAAAGAGGCAUCAAAUUUUUGCGCUCAAGGGCAGAACGCUAUGAAAAAGUAAGUCUGGUGAAAGGAGCCUUUGGUAACUCCGAUGUAUUUAUCAGUAGAUGA